AUCACAUCAUUCCCGGAAACAACAGAUUCCUGAAAACAACAUCAUCCAGCGCAGCGAGCGGAGCGUUAGCGGACUUUUAACCGAUACUCGAACCGCGGAGCCGCCGGUCACCGUGACCCCCGACACCGAGGGACGAUGGCGGAGCAGAACACGGAGGCGAAGCUGAAGAACCUGCUGAAGCAGGAGAAGAUCCAGCUGUGGAACCCCCCGUACACCGACGACGACAACCAGCAGCAGAGGCAGCAGCACAUGCAGGAGCUGGCGGAUCGAUACGCUCCUCUGCUGGGUCUGUCGGCGCCGGAGGUCGCCGUCGCUCUGGAGUCGAUCCGAGUUCUGGCGGUGAAGAGAGGAAAAGGAAACCAGAUGUUCCGAGAGACAAACGUGGCGACGCUGGAGCUGCUGCUGCCCCGAGACAGCAAGAAGGUACUCAUUAUACCCCACUGUGGACUCAUUUACCCCACUGAGCUCAGUGUGUGACGUUGACCUUGUCUUCUGUGUGUUGUGGUGUCAGACCAGCGUCUGGACCAGCAGGGCCUGAAGAACCACAGCAAGGUGAUGGUGCUGAAGGUGAGCGACGCUGAGUGGAAGCAGCACCUGACGGAGGAGGAGGAGAAGAAGAAGAACCAGAACGAGAGCAUCCAGAGAACCCAGAAGGGCUUCCAGAUCCUGUCUGAGAGAGACGGCAGCGAGGAUCCCGACACCACGCCUUUCCUGGAGAUCGGCGACCAGAAGGGAAACCCGCUGAACAUCCCUCACAAGGAGAAGAAGGCUCUGAUCCUGGCCAUGGGCUUCCAUGAGAAGGGCCGCUCUCUGAUGAAGAAGAAGCAGUACGACAACGCUCUGUGCCACCUGCUGCAGGCCGACCAGCAGUUCAGCCAGUGCGGCUCGACCCUGCUGGGCUCGGUGGACAACUUCGCCGUCCUGCAGCUGGACAUCGUGUGGUGCUACCGAGCGCUGGAGGCCUUGUCCUGCCUGGACGACGGCAAGAGCCGGCUGCAGAGAGCCGAGGCCUGUUUCCUGCAGUGCUAUGGAGAGCAGCAGCAGAGGCUGCUCCGCAUCAAGGGUAACACAGGCAGAGAGGACGUCCUGUUCCUGCGGCUGCAUCUCCUCCAGAGUCUGCUGUUCUACAUCGAGGGGGACGACUGUCAGGCCCGGCUGCAGCUGUCCAGAGUGGAGUCUCUGUACAGUCGGCUGUGUCUGGACUCAGAGAAGAUGGCUCAGCUGAUGGCUCUGGGUUUCACUGAGAGAGAAGCUCGACUCGGACUCAGAGCCUGUCAGGGAGACCUGCAGGAGGCCGCCAUCCACAUCAGCAACCGCAGACAGGAGCGAGAGGAGCUGAAGCAGAGGGAGAGGCAGCGGAGGAGGACCAGGAUGGAGGCCAUCUCCACCCUGUCGGAGCUGGGCUUCUCCAGGAGAGACGCUGCCAGAGCUCUGCACCACGCCGGCGGAGACGUGGACAAAGCUUACGGCAUCCUGGUGGACUCCAAUCAGGCUGCUCAGGCCUCCAACAACAACACAGAGAGCGCGCUCAGUCCGGACAAGGUGGAGCAGCUGCUGUAUCUGGGUUUUGAGCGGGACUCCUCUGAAGCGGCCCUCAGAUUGACGGGUGGAGACGUCCAAUCAGCGACUCAGCUGCUGCUGGACAACCAAGGCUUCGUCUCUGCAGAGCUGCUGACCCCUCCAUCCACCUCCAGCUCCUCCUCACCGUCCUCUGAGGAACCCAGCACCUCGUCCACCUGCCCAGAGGACACCGAGCUGGUGAACGAGGUGCUGGAGGACAUCUCGCACCACGAGGAGGAUUACCUGGACCUGACACUGGAGGAGGAGAGCGAACUCAUUGCCGCCAUGAAGACCUACCUGAGCCGAGAGCCGCCGCACAGCCAAAGCUGAACCUGGGAGCGGAUCUGAGUCCGUCCCAAAGCCAGCAGCGUCGCAGCGUCACCCAGAGACACAGGCCUUUAAUUACUCACUUACGGCAGUCCAGUUCCUAAUUAGUGCCGUUGUUUCAGCCACGCAGCGAAGAGUCGACAGCAAAGUGCCAAAGCAUGAAGCAGCUUCACCUCAAACACGAUCACGUUUCCUCUUCACUCCAGGUGGUUCAGCAAUAAUUCAGUUCAGGUUACACUCGUUGUGAUGCUGUGAAGAGGUUUGGGUUCAAACCAUGUUCAGUUUGAUAAGAAUUUAUUUUUCAACUCGAAAGGAUCCGUCUUGUUUUCUAAAUGAACUCGCAGCUCGUUUGUCACAGGUCUGCUCCCGUUUCUGACCCGGCUUCAGGGUUUCUGUUGCUGUUCUGACGGCGACAAGCAAAGUUUUCUGUUUGUGUUUCCUGUCGAUGUGGAGCCAAUAAAGACCAUGAAGGUUU